GUGGGGUACAUCUUGGCGGGUCGCUGGACAUGUACAGUAGAUUCAUUCACGCUCAUAUUUCCACCUAUGGAUGAUUUGGAGUCUUCAGCUCAUUUAAUUAGCAACGACCCAACCUCGGCGAGAAAACACCAACUCCAAGAAAGCUGGAGUCAAUAUUUGAACCGAAGAACUAUGAGGCAAAAGUGCGAAUCACGAGUUCACCAUUUUACCAUUGUCAACAUGUUCAUUGACUGGAAAAAGUCCAGUUUGGUUGAGGGCUGCAACUAACAUUUGUUUUAAUAAUGGAUUCAUCUGUUGAUUAUUUUCUCAAUUGAUGAACUGGAUUUAAAUAAACAAGUUUAAUUUCAAUCGCUUUAUUCAAAAAGAAGACAUUAAUUCACACUGACGGUGCAGAAAAUGCCCCCCACCAAAAAACAAAUUAUAUUUAGUGACUUGUUUGCUCUGUAAGAGGACAGGAAAAGGCCUUUUUUUCCCCCAAAGGAAAAAAAGUGUAAAUGUUUUCUUAUGAUUCAACACAAAGACAAGUCUGCUUGUAUGAAGGACUACAGAAAUCUGAGAACAUUUACUGUUGCGAGGUUGAAAUUCCAAGGAUUUGGACAGAUCUCAAUAUAGAUCUUGAAACGAUUAAUCGAUGAUCUCAAAGCAUUAUAGAUUCAUUUUAUAAUUGAAUAAUUCAUUCAGCUCUAGUUUGGUUACAUUGUGUUGCAAAGCCACAGGGUCGGUGGUGAAUAUGAUAUGAGCAAUGUCUCUUUUUUCUUCAACUGGCUCGCUUUUUUGGAAGAUAAAAGUGAUCAAUAUUUGGAUUUAAUCUGAUGUUCUGUAUUAUUGUUUUUAAUUUGUGAACAUUUGUUUCUGAACAUGCAUUUUCAAUUUCUGUUCUUGUGGUGUCGGUUCAAUGUGAAUACGGUGGUAUCCCUACACGCCCAUUCCCCCCAACAGCUGGACCAUGUAUCACAGUGGCAAAUCCCUCCGGAAUUGUUUAUGCCCCUCUUGCAGUCAUGAAAAAUUUGAAACUUUGACGUUUAAUCAUUUCUAUUUUACAUUCAUGCAGUCCUUGGUCCUAAAUCACAAUGACUUCAGCUGUGCAAAAAUCAUUGCUCUGACUUGAAGCUAAUGACGUCAUGGUGAAAGCAUUCGUUGUUUUUCGAGCGCCUGAAUAGCUGGGCGGAUGUUAUAGACUGCGAGUCACUGACUUGCACAUUUCCUUGCAGCGCUUCUCCGAAUGAAUACGCUAUGAUUUGAUGAUUGAAAAAAAAAGUCAUGAGAGACCGAUUGCGACCUGAUGCAGAAGACAGACAGUGAGUGUGGUGAAAGAGCCCAUCAUUUUCAACGAUGCUCCAUAUGUGUAUGAUAACCUGUCUGCUCGUGGUGGUCCUCGGCCAGUCCAUUUAUUCCUCACCCAAGAAAGGACGCAACAUCACUAUCCACUCUUCCAAUCUGGUUUGUAGCCUGCCGGGCCCGGUGGGGCCUGCGGGAAAUCCAGGAGCUCCGGGAUCACCCGGGGCAAUGGGGCCGAUGGGUGCACCUGGGAAGGACGGUCCAGAUGGUCAGGAUGGAGAGAAGGGAGAAAAAGGAGAUGGAGGUGAUCACGGCAGGCCCGGAAAUCCAGGUAAACCAGGCUUAAAAGGCCGCCCGGGCCUCAUUGGCAAGGCUGGACCUCGGGGACUAAAGGGCCAACGGGGGUCACCGGGGCCAGCGGGACAAAGGGGCCAGAAAGGAGAUGAGGGGGAUGUGGGUAAUAGAGGAGAAGCGGGAGGCUGCGAUUGUGGCACACACGCCCGCUCGGCUUUCUCGGUGGCCGUGUCCAAGAGUUAUCCCAAAGAACGCACGCCCAUUCGCUUCAGCCGCAUCUUGAUCAACGAGGGCAAUCACUACAAUGCGAGCAGUGGGAAGUUUGUGUGCGCCAUCCCCGGAGUCUAUUACUUCACCUAUGACAUCACCGUGGCCAAUAAGCACCUUGCAAUCGGGCUGGUGCACAACGGACAGUACAAGAUUAAGACGUUUGACGCAAAUACGGGGAACCACGACGUGGCAUCCGGUUCCACUGUCCUCCACCUGCGGCAUCUGGACCAGGUCUGGUUGCAGAUCUUUUACUCAGAGCAAAAUGGACUCUUCUUUGACCCCUUCUGGACUGACAGCACCUUCACAGGCUUCCUGAUCUAUGCUGAUCAGGCUGAUACAUAAGUGCUGAUUUACCGGAUGACACUUGAUAUUUCAGCUUUUUUCUCAAUUCUUUUCUCUACAUCUCUCUAUCCCUGUUUUUUUUUUAAAGCAGAAUGCAAAGCAAAACUUUUCCUUGCAAAAAUAUGUUCUAUGCGCCCUCAGGUGUCUAAAACAUGGUAGUCAUAUACAUAUUGCAUUCAUGAAAUAAGCAGAAAGCAGAGGAAUGCAUUUUCAUCAAUCUGAAUUUCUCAUCACCGUCCCCUACUGUCCACUGAAAUUGCCGUGCAGGUGCCCAAGAAGUUGAAUGUUCCAUUUUCACACCUGUUAUUUGAAGUUUUCCCCAAAAAGGUUUAUCAUUUGUCAUGCUGUUUUUUUAUUUGUACUUAUUGAAUACUUGUACAAAGUUGAAUGGUACAAGCUAUUGGCUAUUUCCCUGAAAAAUAACAUUAAACGUUUUCAUGUUAUUAAGAGCAAAAUAAAAAGUUUGAUUGCAUUUUCAAUGUCACAGAUAUAACAUUCAUUCUAAAAAUAUUUGCUUUGAUGUUGUCUUAAGAAACGUACCAAAAGGUUACCUUCUCUAGUACUGUAUACAAUAUUGAAUCGUUUUUAGUGUGUUUCAUAAACCAAAUAUGAUUUGACUCCGCUCUCAGUUUUCCGUUUGUGGCGCUCAACAGGCAAGUUUGGACGUCUGUUGUUAAAGGAACAAACUCUGUCACCAGAUGGCGCUAAAAACGACCACACACUAAACCGCAAUUCAACAAUUAAUAAAAGUGAAGUUAACCUUUAGUAUGGCGAGCAUGCGCUUCAGCAGUCAUAUCUAUCCAUCCAUUCAUCCAAUUUCUAAUCGACUUAUCCUGAAGAGGGUAGCGGGUGUGCUGGAGCCUAUCCCAGCUGUCCCCGGGCAAUAGACGGGGUACACCCUGAACUGGUUGCCAGCCAAUUGCAGCGCAUACAUAGACGAACAACCAAUUUAGAGCAUGUGUGUCAAACUCGAGGCCUGGGGGCAGGAUUAUUUUAUGUAGCCCGCGAAAGCAAAUCAUGUUGUGUCAACUUGCUAAAAUCUGUCCCGAAAUGUCAAAUUGUUGUGUGUAAUAAAUAACGUCGAGAUUUUGCAAUCCUUUCGUUAC